CUGUAUGAUGGAUGUAGUAGGUCUUUGCCGCUGAGAUGGUUCAGGUCGACCGAACUGAAGCAGCUUCACCUUUCUGGCGAUCUGGUUCAUCGACGAACAAGAAGGAAGGCAGCAACAACCAUGGGCCCGCCAAGCGUGCACCGUCUCCAACAGAGCAACGCAAGAUUGUCGGCGCAGCGUAUUCGCAUGCGGACAUCCUGAAGCUCGACACCUUAUCUCUCUCGAACGACCAACGUCCUCGGACACCGCCCACGAACGCACGUGGUAUCACGUCAUCAACGCCGGGACACACAUCAUCAACACCACCGUUUCGUCGAGCAGUAUCAAGUAAUGUCGCAGCCGAAUCGAACAGCCACUGGACAACCGCAGGUGCUGAGACAGCCGAGAAAUUGUAUUACGAUGAGGACGAGGACGAAUUUGGUCUACCUAGCAUCGCCAGCAUGCGAAGGAAAGGGAAACGUUUGACAAGCCGGAACAGCUCUUUGACAACGAGUCUGCAUGCCUUCGGCAGCGACACUUUCCUGCCAGCAAGCAACACGAAAGGAAGUGGAGCUCCUUCGCCUGGGUGGACAGUUGACAAUGGCGAUGUGUCAGAAGAGCGAGCAAUACCGAGUUACCCUUCCGCAAAGCAUUCCUCUGAAGGCCAGAAGAUCUUACGACCACAAUACAAGGACAUUCUCCGCGACCCUGCGAACAGUCUUCAUCUUAUCUCACAUCCACCUGUUCCUCCUGGUGCAUCUGCCAAAGAAAUCGAAGCUCAGUCGUCGAGAGUUACGCGCAUCAACAAAUUCAAGCGAAUACUGCAAUCCUCAUCAAUAUCACUCGCAGAUCUACGAUCGUCUGCCUGGUCAGGCCUACCGAGCGAAGUACGUGCGAUGAGCUGGCAGCUCCUUCUCGGCUACCUCCCAACUAAUUCAGAGCGACGUGUUGCGACGCUCGAGAGGAAACGAAAGGAGUAUCUGGACGGUGUACGGCAAGCGUUUGAUCGUGGGAAUCCGACAUCUCCUUUGGGCAAUGCUGUCCCAUCUCCGUCCCUGGCUCGAAGUCGCGCUCGUGGCCUUGAUGAGGUCGUCUGGCAUCAGAUCAGCAUUGACGUACCACGGACAAAUCCUCAUCUUGAGUUAUAUGGUUACGAGGCAACGCAGAGGUCACUAGAACGUAUUUUGUAUGUUUGGGCCAUUAGGCACCCAGCUAGCGGAUACGUUCAAGGUAUCAACGACCUCGUGACACCAUUUUGGCAGGUGUUCCUAGGACAGUAUAUCACGGAUCCUGACGUGGAGUUCGGCAUGGACCCGGGCCAGCUCCCAAAGGCUGUUUUAGAUGCGGUGGAAGCGGACAGCUUUUGGUGCUUGACCAAGCUUCUGGACGGCAUACAGGACAACUAUAUUCACGCACAACCGGGCAUUCAACGUCAGGUGUCUGCCUUGAGAGAUCUAACAUCAAGAAUAGACGAGUCGUUGGCCAAGCAUAUGGAGAACGAAGGCGUCGAAUUUAUCCAAUUUAGUUUUCGGUGGAUGAAUUGUCUGCUGAUGAGGGAGAUAAGUGUGAAGAACACGGUCAGAAUGUGGGACACAUACCUCGCCGAGGAUCAAGGCUUUUCGGAGUUCCAUCUCUACGUGUGCGCCGCUUUCCUGGUGAAAUGGUCGGAGAAGCUUCAGCGGAUGGACUUUCAGGAGAUCAUGAUGUUCCUGCAAUCAUUACCCACCAAGGACUGGACGGAAAAGGACAUCGAAUUGUUGCUGAGCGAGGCGUUCAUCUGGCAGAGCUUGUUCAAGGGAAGCAAGGCACAUGUCAGGCAAACAAGCGGCGGCAACAGCGGCGUGCUUAACCUUUGACCACAGCCAUAUACUGCAUAUUUGGUGGGUGUCAGGCCGCCCCUCGUGGUCAUUUGGGCAUACUACCACAUCGUUCA